AUGCGCCACGUGUGGCGCAAGAAGCACCGUCUACCAGGGACUGUUCAACCAGCUUAUCAAAUUUCUGUCAAAUUUCGCAUCUCGCCUGGCAUGGAUGAAUCCGAACGCCGGACGGUGAAGCGCUCGCGCUUCGACCAGACCGAACCAGAACCUAAGAGAACAUCGCGAUUCGACCGCCGUUCUCGCUCUCCUCCGUCGCGUCGCUCUGAAUCUGGUAGAGACCGCAGUCCCAUCACGAAAGACGCAACUCCAGAGGCAAAGAAAUCCCCAAAUGAUGCCGCCGCUGCCGCUGCUGCCGCCGCCGCUCGAAUCAAUGCUUCUCUCCAAGCUCGUAAAGGUAUUCAACACGUCGAUGUUCCACCCAUCAGGUCUGCCGACACCGAAUCCCCACCACCGCGACCUACUUCGACGCCCCAAACUUCGAACAAGAUCGCCCCCCCGCUCGAUAGUGAGAUGUAUGUCGCAGAUGGCGACUACAUUCAGGACAUCGAAGUCAAUGACUUGAGGAACCGUUACCUUCUCACAAAGGGGGCAACACAAAAGAUGAUCAAAGAUGAAACCGGUGCUGAUAUUACCACCCGCGGCAAUUACUAUCCUAACAAGACCAUGGCCACGGCCGGUAAACCUCCACUGUACCUCCACAUCACGAGUACCAGCAAAUCUGGUCUAGAGGCCGCCGUCGCUAAAAUCAACGAGCUCAUCCAGCAGGAGCUCCCUCAGCUUGUAGACGAGAGACGAUUCCGCCGCCGAGAUCAGGAGCAGGUUGAACGUGAUGAGUUUGGAAGACGCAAAUGGCCCGAGGAGAAAAUUCCGAUAAGCCUAGAGCCUGUACACGGUUUUAACCUGCGCGCUCAGGUUGUCGGACAUGGUGGUGCCUAUGUGAAGCACAUCCAGCAAGAGACUGGCUGCCGUGUGCAGAUCAAGGGCCGGGGAUCCGGCUACCUGGAGGCGGCUACUAACCAUGAGAGCGAUGAGGACAUGUUUCUUCACGUUGCUGGACCUGAUGCCAACAUGGUUGAAAAGGCAAAGGAGCUGUGUGAGGAUUUGAUCGCAAACGUCAAGCAACAAUACGAGGAGUUCAAGAGUCGUCCACCUCGCUACGGCGGUGAUCGCUACGGUGGUGACCGUUACGGAGGCGAUCGGUACAACGGUGGCGGCGACCGUAACCAUUCCCACAGUGGUUCUCAUGGCGGUUCCCAUGGUUCUUACGGCGGCUCUCACGGCGGAUAUGGUGGUUACGGAGCUAACGCAGGCGGUGCCUCCAACAGUCCAGCGCCUGCUGGUGUGAACAGUCCAACUAAUGCUGCCGAUUACGCUGCCCAGUACGCACAGUAUUAUGGUGGCGCGGACCCUUAUGCUGCCUAUGGCGGUUAUGCUAACUAUGUCGCUAUGUAUCAGCAGUACUACGGUGCUCAGGCUCAGGCUCAGGCCCAGACACCUGGCGCUCCUGGUGCCCCUGGGCAAUCAGCAUCACCACCCCCUCCACCUCCAAGUGAAGCGGCUCCUCCGCCUCCUCCACCCAGCUCGGCGCCCCCGCCUCCUCCCCCUUCUGGACCUCCACCUGGAACUGGAGGAAGCUAUGGAUCGGUCCCUCCCCCACCAGGACUUUAA